GUUGCGGCGUCCCUUUCGUCUCCGCCAAAACUUGCCGUUGCGGUUUGUUCCACUGCAGGAGUGACAACCGACGAGCGGGAGCGCCAGCCAGCCAGCCGGCCGGUGGAUCGCUCGGCCGGCGAAGAGCAGCGGCCGCCGCCGUCGACGCGCUCCUCGUCGUCGUCCUACUGAAGGUUGUUCUAUAUAUAUAUAUAUAUAUCCGGGAGGGUUUGGUUCCUUUCUUUCCCGGUUAAAUGGGUAGAACACCUGGAAAAUGGUUGAAGACCUUACUGCUUGGCAAGAAAUCGUCGAAGUCUCGUUUGCCAAAAAAGGAGAUGUUUCGAAUUCUGGACAUAAAGGAGAGGCCUUAAUUCCGUCUAAGACACCCUCAACUGAAAUUGUUGUGGAGCCUCCUUCAAAUUCAUUGCCAAUUUCCAUUACAAAUAUUAGGAGUGAAGAGGACUUCGGGAAAGGGACAAAUGCUGUUGCACCUAAUGAUGCUAAUAUUCUUUCAUCUGAAAAUGAUGGUAACACACAUACAAAUGUAUUGGCCCUAUUAGAAGAUACUGAAAAUGAUAGGCUUCAGAAAGCAGCUAUUAAGGCACAGGCUGUGUUUAGAGGAUAUCUGGCUCGGCGUUCAUUUAGAACACUCAAAGGUAUUGUGAGGGUGCAAGCAUUCAUCCGUGGCCGCUUGGUCAGAAAACAAGCUAUUGCCACAUUUUGCUGUGUGCGAGGCAUUGUAAAGAUUCAGAAAUUAGCUCGUGCUAAAAAGGGUUGGGAAUUGUGCAAUCCUUCAGCAACUGGCCAGGAUAAACUGCUUGAGGAUGUGUUCAUUCAAAAGCUUCUUGCUUCAUCUUGCCCUGCAAAUCCUCUUCAUCUUCAAUAUGGUCAUGGAGAUCCAAAUUCUGCUUAUAUGUGGCUUGAACGAUGGACAAGGUCUCGUUUUUGGGAAGCCUCUUCACUACCAAAGGAAAAUUCUCAAUCAUAUCCUCAGUCAAAGCAUCAAAAUCUGGAAGACGAACAGCGUAGCCACAAGCAAAGUGUUCGCCGACUGCCUCGUACAAAUGUUAAGACUGACUCCAAUGGCAUAUCUUCGGAAUCCAAUAAGCCUGAAUGCUACCCAAGAAAUUUUUCUGGUCACAUUGCAGAUUCAGUUCAAAAUAAAUCAGAGAAUGAGAUUGAGAAAGUAAAACUUAAUUUUAGAAGGACUAAUGAUCUUUUAAAGGAGGUUUCUGAUGGGGUGAAGGCUGAUAAAAGAAACCAGAUGACAGUCUUGGGAAUGAACCAACUUCAGUAACCUCUGGUUAUGCAGCAAGAUGUCAGUCAUUCAUCUGAGGUGGAGCAAGAGUCCAAAAUUGAAGUACAAUCGGAAUUUGAACUGAAAGGAAAUUUGAAAUUAGCAGCCUCUGAAGAGCAAGUUGAUGAAUUACAAGAACAUCUGGUAGUUGUUAGUGCUCAUCCUGCAGAAAAAAAUGGUCCAAUUGAACAGAAAUUGGGCUUGAAGGAUGCUGGCAUGAACGGAAAGCAUGAAAAAAACACCCAUAGAAGAGCUUCUUUGCCUGCGAAGAUUGACCAAAAAGAGAAUGGGAAGCAUCCCACCACAAGAGUGCCCAGCUAUAUGGCGCCGACUGAAUCUGCAAAAGCCAGACUAAGAGGACAAACCUCCCCUAGGCUUGCCCAAGUUGGGAUUGGUAUGAAUGAAACAAGGCGGCAUUCAUUGCCGUCAUCCACCAAUGGGAAAGUAGGUUCAUUUUCACCAAGAGCUUCGAGACUUGUCGAAGCAUCUGGGAAAGGAACAAUUAGAAGUGAUAAAUCUCUUACAUCUUCCAGAGAUUUUGGUGAGAAGCCGAUUAAAGUAGAGUGGAGGAGGUGAUCUUGUAUGGCAUGAUGGUCUCUCUGGACUUUACAUAGAGAAAGAAGUGAGAUAACAGAAACUGCUCUUACUUUUCUGUUCAGUGCCUUUUCCCGCAGACAAGUUCUCAACUCUGGCAAUGUCCCACGCUCCCAGUUAAUCAUCAUUCAAGAUGCUAGAACAUGUAUGGGAUAUUACCAUUUCCUGUUUAGGGGUGUUUUACCCUCUGAGCAAUUGGGUGGUUAAUGUGUUUAAUUAUCAUAUGGGCCUAAACAUGUGCUGCUUUUUCUUAGGUAAUUGUUCUGUCUAUAUUUCCUGUAAGCACUCUGUUUUAAUUUAUGAAUAUUUUACAAGACAUGAUAAGAUUUCAUUCUACAAGUAUUAGUUAUAAAUGGGGUCA